UGUCUGUGUGUGUGUUAUAUAGACGAAAUUCUGGAAUUCUGGAACGUGCAAAUUCUUUUUUUGAGUCGAGUUGAAUAUUGUUGACUAUUAUUAUAUCAACGACGCUGAUGAAUGUGAAUGAUUUUGAAUUGGAAAAAGUAGACCAACAAAAAAAAUAUGCGUGUGACCGUCCAUGACAAUCAAUAUUUGCACAAUUGAGCAUCUCAAAGAAUAUUCUUUUUUCUUGGUUUCUUGUGUAUUUUUCUUAUUUAUUGAUGGAAAUAUUAAUCCAGCCAUAGCAGAAGCAAUAUUUGGAAUUGAGAUUUUUCUUUUUCGUUGUUUAAUUCUUCAAAAAAAAGAAAGAAAAAACAACAAUUUUUUUCAGAAAAAAAAUUUUUAAAUUCCAAGUGCUGGUGUUGAUCUAAAUAAUAAUUUGAUUCCAAGCCAUGAAUAGUAUGAAUAAUGUAGCAUUUGGUGCAGGUAAAACGGGUAAGUUUUUUUUUAUUCUUGUGCAACCAAAACAAAAACCGGAUUUCAAUAAAUCUGUAUUAUCAAUAGGAGCCGCAUUUGAUCCAAUCACAUAUUUAACACGGCCACAAGUUAUAUUGAGAAUUAUUUGCUGGUUAUGCUCAAUAAUUGUUUGGUGUUGUAUUUCAUUCAAUGCAUGGCAUCGAAAAGGACGCAAAGAAUUUUGUCUCUACAAUAAUGAUAAUGCUGCAUGUCGUUUUGGUUCAACAAUAGGUUUCAUUGGUUUUUUAGCUGCAACCGCAUUUUUGGUAUUGGAAGCAAUAUUUCAGAAUUUAUCCAGUAUUAAAUUACGUCGUCGUGCUGUAUUGGUUGAUGCUGGAUUCUCCGCAUCAUGGUCCAUACUUUAUCUGAUUGUUUUCGGUUAUUUGGGCAUUGCUUGGGGCAAAGCUGAUUAUCCAUAUCUUGGCAAUGGUAUCAAUAAUUGUCGUGCAGCUAUUGUUUUUUCAUUUUUUUCCAUUGCUGCUUGGGGUGCUUGCGCCUAUUUAGCUCACGCACGUUGGCAACAAGGAGCCGAUAUGACAGAAUUUACAAGCGGUUUUGAUCCAUCAGCAUUCAAUAAUAAUAAUAAUAUGGGUGUUCCUGGUGGUGGUGAUGGUUAUACAGCUGGAUAUGGACAACAACAAAGCGGAACAACAGCCGCAGAUAUGACAGCAAAUAAUAAUUAUCAACAACAACAAUAUACAACUGCAAAUGAUAAUGAUCCAAAUUAUCAUUCAAAUCCAUUUACAGCAAUGGCUACACAAGAAUCAAAUGUUAAUUAUCAACAACCAUCAUAUUGAUCAACAAACAAUAGCAAUAAAAAAACUUACCUUUUAAAAGUAGUAAUCGAAUCACAAAUCAGCCAUCUUUAUUCAUUAUAUCACCAUCUUAUUGUAUCGUAUCGUAUCGGAUAGCAUAUAAAUCAUUUACAUCAACAAGAAUAUUCACACAGACACAGACAGAAAUGUAACGACAAAAAAAAAAACAUUCGAAUCAUCGAUUAAAAUAGCUUUUGAUUUGUUGAUUUUCCAGUAUAAAUAGCCACCUAUUACACCCACUGAUUCUGAACAUUAUGACAAGAAUUUUUUUUAAAAAAUAAUUCUAUAGGCAUGGUAUGUUCCAUCAUCAUCAUCAUCAUCAUCAUCAUCGUCAUCAUAAUUCAUCAAAUUGAUUAAUUUAUUUAGCUUGAUCGAUAUUUUUUAGCAUACACAAGUUCACAAGUUUAUCAGAAAAAAAAAAAAAAAAAAGUGUGCCUAACCUGACUAAAAUAUUCGAACACACAGAGAUACAGAAACAUUCAUAUAAAUAGUGCUCAUUUUUUGAAUUUCAUCAUCAUUUCAUUUCAUUUCUGCAAAUUAUUCUGUUAAAUAUUGAACAUUUCGAUUUAUAAAUAAUUCUCCCAAGGUAAAAAUUAACAAUAACGAAAAAAAAAAUUGUCAUCAGAUUGAUUGAGAUUGUUUUUGUUUGUUUGUUAUUCAUCAUCAUUA